CAUACACAAAAUAAACUCAACAAGAAGAAGAAGAAAGCUUCUUUUGUACCUCGGAGUAAAAUCGCCAUCAUCAAUUAACGAACAACCAGGUCCAUACCGUUAAAAGGAUCAAUGAACUAGAAGAAGAAGUGCUCUGGAUAUAAGCAGGUGUAGACUUUUUCUGUGUGAUGUUGUUGAACUAGACUGUACAUGACUAUCUGAAACGAGAGGCUACGAUGGGAACCAAGGUGUCCAAGAACCAAGGGCCGACGGCCUCCAAGAAAGUGAAGGCUGUGGCAGCUUUCCAACUGGCAGGAACAAAUACCAAGCUGAAGAGAGUAGCUCAGCUCGCCAAAGCUACCUCUGCCUCUGUGGAUGUGAAGAAAGUCAAUCUGAAUCUCCCUCCAAGACCACCUUCAUCUCCUGCUGUUGCUGAUUAUGCUUGCAUCGAAGCAUCCACUUCUUGCGGCUUUCCAGUCCCAGCCAUAAUUGACUCCAAGUUUAACGUCAACGCAAAGCACGGCGGAGGAACCGCCCUGCUCCUGCUUACACGAGGCAAGAGUGACAGUGAUUCCUCCGAAAUCACCUUGCUCAGAUGCGGUUUCGAUGGCAACCAUUACUCUAUCAAGUCACUAGCCCAGGCAGGUGAGCACAGCAUCUACAACUGGAACGAGGUCUUCACCAACGCCCAAGGCUUCCUCCAACCCAAGCUGAUCUACGGGAAAUCUCACGCCACGGUCAUCUCAAACAUGGUCCAGUUUGGCCACGGAGGUUGUGGGGUCCUGUUUGAAGGACCCAAGGCUGGAUUGUUUGGUGCCAACUUGAAGGCUAGCAUAGUCCCUACACCUCCCAUCAGUACGACCGCUGAUCCAGAAGGCUCUUGUGCUCUUGUCAUAUGCAGCGCCCAGCCCAAUAAAUCGGGAGCGGUGCCAAGUCAGACAUACCUUGUCCACUUUCAACGAGAUGGCAACGUGAAGCAGGUUCCCUUGCUACCCGAAGGAAGUGACAGCUUUUCCCUCAAGAGCUCAGAUGGAAGCCUGCAACUGGAUGGGCCAUCUCUUAGUCAUUACGUUGUCUAUCACAGCAAGAGCGCUACCUUUGCAGAGGCUCACCAGGACAAACCCAGAGGGAAGGUCGUCCACCUCCAGGCGUUCAGCGGGAUCAACCCAACCACUCUCCUGGAAGAUGGCUCUAAGUUUGUAGGACGCACCAUGCUAAUCAUGUGUUCUCAUAGCUUACAGGAUGAAGACUCAACCACAUCUGCUCUCUAUCAGGUGACCCUGAUGAAAGACCAAGCUGGUGUCACAUACAUCGCUGGUAUGUCUGGGGUCAUGGAAUCUGCAGACGUAUGGACCAUCUCCAUGGCCGAUAAGAAAGCCCUUCAGAUCAUUGGACCUAGCGGGCCGUGUCGCUAUGCUCUCUUUACAAACAUACCAGAAGAUGUUCCAGACUCCAAUGAAAGGUGUUUGCAACACGAAUGCCUGGCAACCGGAGAUUCAGGAACAGUAGAGGGAGGUCUGACCAUAGAUGAUGAUAACUUGACCGUCUGGGUGGACAACAUGACCAAGGUCCUAGUGACCUGUGAUGGGGUCUCCGUCCAGGAGGUGGAUGGAGGAAACUGGAUGGAACAGCCUGAUGGUAGAUUGGCUUUCCAGAGGGGGUUGACUGAGAAGGAGAAGAGCCCAGGACUGAAGGUUUAUCGAGCAUUUGCUGUACUGAAAGACAAAAAUGGAGCUGAUGUAUCUAUCGAACUGGGGGGUUCCCCUCAUCAGGUGAUCAAGCAACCUCCUGGGGUAGCCUAUGCUCUCAACUGUGGUGGUCCAGCCUACGAGGCUCUCAAUGGCGCUGUUUUCGAUAAUACGCAGUCUCAGUAUGAAUAUAUUGGCGAAAACGAGACUGGCGGUCUGGAUUGUAUGAACAAGUUCGGCUCUUGUACACCUCAAAAUCGCAACCUUUAUUCGCUGUUGGGAGGUACAUACGACUCCUAUCUCAUCAGCACGCACAACCGCACACACAAUGGUUUUGUGAAUCGCAUAGAAUUUCCCAUGCAAUCAAUGCCAGCAGGAGAUUACAUGUUACGCUUGUACUCUGUCGGAGCAGAUUUGGCAAAAAGUUUCAUACAUGAUGAUGAUGUAGACUACACUCGUCCGCUACUAGAUCAGUUGAAGAGUGAAGGCCAUGUACAUGCAGUAGGAACCAUAGCAAAGACAUGUGAAGUACCAAUCAAAGUUGAACCUGGUGGCACCACAAUCGGUUUUGAUACAAAUGGCGGUGAUGUCUGCGUUUCUGGAAUCCUGGUGUAUGAUAAGGAUUUCAAGGAGCCAACUCUUACUCCUGAAGAGAAACAGAAUGAAACCAAGAUCCAGCAAGAGCUUGCUGAUAAGUUGCUGCCGUUGAAUCGUACAUUCUCUCUGAAGGAGAUGAAGAUUGCCGGCUGGUCUCAAAACCUCAUCGAAAAUGCAUCAGGCGAGAACGGUGACAUGACGCACUGGAACUAUGGUGGAAAUUUCAAAGUUUGUGAUGGUGGUGAUGGCACGGAGAAGAAGUUUGUAACGUCAUAUGUGACAUGCACCAAAUCUCAGGACAUCGUUCUGACUCAGCAUUUCUCAGAAAAACAUCUGGACACAGCCCCAGAGAUUCAGGCAUCUGAAUCUUUCCAUGAGGGUUCCUGUAAAGGAGGCUUCUACACCUUCACGGUGUCCCUCCUCGAUGCAAGUGACAACGUGAUUGCCAAACAGACGACUGGACGUAAAGGUAGCAUCACUACUCCGGGAUGGAUCAGGGAGAGCUUUACUUUCAAGGGCUACGGACCAGGAGUUAGAACCGUCAACUUUCAGAGCUCUGGUCAAGAUGAUAAGGGCUGGGCGGGGCACUUUGGGAUCGUCAUGUCCGCUGGUGCGUUGCGUGUCAUGAGUGAAGUCAGCCCGGCAAGCGGAGAUGAAUAUUCAGACGUCGAGACGAGUACAGCAGAAGAACGGAAACAAGGGAUCGCUUCUUUCUUGAGUCAGCUCCAAGAGGAGUACCGUGACGCUUUGAAGCCUAUAGCUAUGCUAAUGCAGUCUUCUGCUGAUAAAACAAAAGCUGCUGCAAAAGUAACUGCCAAUCCAGGGAACACCGAAAUUACCCUCAACGUGAGAAAACAAGCAGUGAAGCGUGAGAUCCGAGUCUUUGUUUCCAGUACGUUCCGAGACUUUGAGGAGGAGAGAGAGUUGAUCAUCAAGAAGGUGUUCCGUGAGGUCAAUCGACUGUGUCUGGAUCGGGGGGUCUUCUUCACCUACGUCGACCUUCGAUGGGGCAUCACGGAGGAGCAAACGAAAAGCGGAAGGACCAUUGAGAUAUGUCUACGAGAGAUUGACAAGUGUCGUCCGUACUUCAUCUGCCUGAUGGGGGAUCGCUUCGGCUGGAGCCAGUCCCGAAAGUUCAAAGAUGAACUCCUAGACAUAAGCUAUGACACGGCUGUGGAUGAGUACCAACACUUCAAGUGGGUCGAUGAAUACCGCUUUGACUCAAGCGUCACACAGCUGGAGGUGAUGCAUGGAGCGAUCAGACCUCAUGAAGAGAACAAGAAGAACAGAAUCUUCUUCUAUCUGCGUGAGGCGAAAGUGAAGAGAGAAGACCUGCCACCCCCUGCAGAGACUGAAGAAGAGAGAGAGAAUGUGAAAGGAGAGACUCAGUGGCAUUUUGACUUACAGCAGAAGCUGAGGGCAUCUAUUGUGGCUUCUGGACAUCCGUUGAGGAACUUUGAGGGCGCGGUUGAUGCUGCGACGAUGAUCAGAGAGGAUUUGGUCAAGUGCAUCAACGAAGAUUUCCCGCCCGGUACCAACCUGACAGCUCUACAGAGAGAGUCAGAAGCCCAUGAUGCCUUUGCCGACGCUAGACGACGCGUCUACAUCGGACGACAGGAGUACUUUGAUUACAUCGACAACUACUUUGCUCAGAAACCCAAGGUACCUCUUACAAUCAUCGGUGCAUCUGGAUCGGGUAAAUCUGCUCUCAUUGCCAAUUGGUGUGGCCGUUUUGAAGAGCAAAACCCAGAAACUUUCCUCUUCAAACAUUUCAUUGGGAGCUCAGCAGAAAGUGCAUCUCAUUUGAAUUUAUUGAGAAGACUGUAUGGUGAGAUGAAGCAGUUCUAUAACCUUGACCUGGAAAUACCGACCUCUGACAGGAACCUGGUCAUUGACCUCCCAUCAUGGCUCAGUAUCGCUAGCAGCAGGUCAAAGGUCAUGAUUGUUCUGGAUGCCUUGAAUCAGUUGGACAGUGGAGCAGGAGGAAGUGGUGAGGAGAAGAGCCUGAUAUGGUUGCCAAAGUUGUUGCCUUGCAACCUGCAAAUGCUUCUAUCUACGCUUCCUGGGCAGACCCAGGACGUGAUUGACAUGUCAGGCAUGCCGACGUACAAGGUAGAAGGACUUCAAGAAAAGGAAAAGCUGGAUAUCAUUACCGGCUACAUGGACCUGUAUGGAAAGACACUUAACCAAGAACAAACGGACCUCAUCCUCAACGCUAAACAGAGCUCAAAUCCUCUCUACCUCAAGGCUCUUUUGGAUGAGGUUCGUAUGUACGGCAGUUUCUCCCAGCUCACUACUGCCAUCAAGAGUUACUUGGCCGCAGAUGAUGCUGGCGCCCUCUUUGUCUUGAUCCUGCAGAGGUUGGAAAGUGAUUUCGAGACGGGAGCUGUGUCUAGACCUAAUCUUGUAAGGGAUACAACCACAGCCAUCUGGUGUUCACACAGAGGAUUGAGUGAGAAUGAACUCAUGACUUUGCUCAAGGUACCAAGCGCAGUCUGGUCUCCUUUCUACCUCUCCCUGGAGGAGAAUCUCAUCAAUCGCAACGGACUGCUGAAUUUCUUCCACGAUCAUCUCAGACAAGCCGUUGAGAGUCGCUACCUGCCCACAGAUGAGGACAAGCGCAAGAACUAUGUGGAGCUGGCAAACUUCUUCAAUGCACAGGAUAUCGAUGAUAGAUAUGCUGAUGAAGUGCCUUACUUAUUGAUUCAAGCGAGGGAGCUGACUCGGCUCAGGGCUACCGUCCUCAACGUCAACGUAUUCCAGAUCCUGAUGAGAACGGAGGAUGGAAACUUCCAGCUUAUCAAGGCUUGGAGAAUGUUGGGAGGCUUUGAGCCUGUGGAGCAGGCGUAUCUGGACGUCCUCUCUAGAUCUGAGAUCUGGGAGCAGUCAAGAGACAAGGUGGAGUUGAUCAAGUCUAUGGCUGUCUUCUUCAUGCAGCUAGGAUUACUACGAGGAGCUAGAGUCCUAAAUGAGCGCUUGCUGAAGGAGCUUGAGUUGCGAUACCUUGCUGAGCAUUCUACCAUCGUACAGCAUCAUUUCAACUACAGCAUGAAACACAAAUGUAAUCAUCCCACCGUCAUUGAUGUCUUGAUAGAGCUUGGGAAUGUCUGUCUGAAACAAGGCAAAUUCAAACCUGCCGAGAUGCACUUGGAAGAUGCCCUCUCCAGGCUGAACAAGGUCAAGACCCCACAGCAGAAACUGCAGCUGGUCAAGGCAGUCAUAACCAUGGUCUCCGUCAAGCGUCGCCAAGGUGAAAUUGAUUUUGCCAAGAAGCUACUGAUGCGAGCCUUUGGAGUGAGCAAGGAGGUCGUAGGUCAGGACCACCAUUACACGGCUGCUUUAAUUGGAAAGCUUGGAGAGAUACUCUACGACCAAAGUCGACUGGAGGAAGGCAUAGCGUGUCACACGUUUGAUUUCAACGAGACUCUGAGAGAAAGUGGAUCCGAGCAUCCCCACAUAGCGGCCAUCUUGAACAACAUCGGGUUGGUGCAGGAUGACAUGAAUGCUAGUGGUACAGAGAAGACCUUCAGUUUAGCCCUGGGGAUCCUACUCGAGGCAUAUGGCAAGGAUCAUGUUGAUGUGGCUACAAUCAGAUAUAAUCUCGGAGCACAGUUCUUUGGCAACAAGAUGUACCAGCGUGCCAAGUACCAGUUUGAGGAGGCUUACCGCGUCUUCAACCUGUUCCUCGGGGAGCAUCCCAGCACCAAGGCAGCCAAGACAGCUGUUGAUAUGGUCGAUAGUCUGUAACUGUCAUCUCUUUCAAUCAAGUAACUUAUCCUUUAUCAAAACCUGAAGAUCACCCGCAUCAGGAAGAUGCUGUUCCAUUUAUCUCUUUCAUCAUUAAUCAUUUAUAGGGAGGGGGGAAUUGAUUGCGUCCAUUUGCUCAUAAUUCAAAAUGAAUACCCCCACAUGUCAUAAGGUUGAUUGAGACCCCUAUUUGGUCAAAUUUCUGAAUAUUUGGA